GAAACAAAAAAAAAAAAAAACCGCUUUUAUCGUUUACGAGAAGCUGCUGGCGACGCGGAUAAUACGCACGAAUGGUCGAGAAAUAAACUCGCAGUUUUAAUUUUAUUGCUCGCCUUUCACGGGUUUUAAAUUUGCCCCUUUAAACCGCUCGUUUUAAUUUUUCUUUUCAGCGUGUGUGUGUGUGUCCGAGGGCCUGGUCAGGAAACCGUUGCUAGAUAGCUUCACUGAAGUCACUUAGCUAACCCUGGUCCUCUCAGUAAUGGAUGCUGCUCCCAUUAAAGGAGGCGAACCCGAAACCGGGUCCCUGGACAGCGUGCCAGAAGCUUGCCCCAAACCGUGUCCAGAGGUACGCCCGAAAAAACGGCGCCGUUGCCAGGCGACGGAGAAACGCCACCGCUGUUACGAAUGUGGCAAGAGUUUCAGCGAUGCCAGCGGUCUUAAAAGACACCAGCAGACUCACUCUGGAGUAAAAGCGUACCGCUGCUCCGAAUGCCCCAAAACUUUCAGCCAGUUAGUGAACCUCAAACGCCACCGUCUGAUUCACACGGGCGAAAAACCGUACCGCUGCCCGCAGUGCGACCGGAGCUUCAACCAGCAGGGGGACCUGAAAAAACACGGGCGCCUUCACACGGGAGAGAAACCGUACUGCUGCACGCAGUGCGACCAGAGCUUCAAGCAUCAUGGCAGUUUGAAAGUUCACCAGCAGUGUCACACUGGGGAGAGACCGUACCGCUGCGCCGAGUGUGGCAAGAGCUUCACUCAGCUGGGCGAUCUCAAGAAGCACGGUCCGGUCCACACGGGGGAGAAACCGUACAACUGUGCCGAGUGCGGGAAGGGUUUCAACCACCUGGGGAACUUCAAGCGCCACCAGCGCAUUCACACGGGUACGAAGCCCUACCACUGCUCAGAAUGCGGGAAGACGUGUAAUCAGUUAGGAGAGUUGAACAAGCAUCGGCAGAUCCACGUCAGAGAGCUGCAGCUUCAGAUCACGCAGAGGAAGAUGAUGUGAGAGAGAGAGGGGAGGUUAGAAACUCACACUAGCCCUGCUGCUGCUGCUGCUGCUGCACCCAGUCCCGGGGUUCAGAGCUCCCCUCAAUGAAGUCUAGUAUUAUUAUUAUUAAUAUUGAAAUGAUCAGGAGCCAGGAGUUUGAGCAGGGUUACAAACUCACACUAGCCCUGCUGUUGCUGCUGCUGCUGCUGCACCCAGUCCUGGGGUUCAGAGCUCCCCUCAAUGAAGUCUAGUAUUAUUAAUAUUGAAAUGAUCAGGAGCCAGGAGUUUGAGCAGGGUUACAAACUCACACUAGCCCUGCUGCUGCUGCUGCUGCUGCACCCAGUCCUGGGGUUCAGAGCUCCCCUCAAUGAAGUCUAGUAUUAUUAUUAUUAAUAUUGAAAUGAUCAGGAGCCAGGAGUUUGAGCAGGGUUACAAACUCACACUAGCCCUGCUGCUGCUGCUGCUGCUGCACCCAGUCCUGGGGUUCAGAGCUCCCCUCAAUGAAGUCUAGUAUUAUUAAUAUUGAAAUGAUCAGGAGCCAGGAGUUUGAGCAGGGUUACAAACUCACACUAGCCCUGCUGCUGCUGCUGCUGCUGCACCCAGUCCUGGGGUUCAGAGCUCCCCUCAAUGAAGUCUAGUAUUAUUAAUAUUAUCAUCUACAUUGUAAUACUUAGCUUAGAUUAAACAUACAUUUUCAUGCUCACCUGCUGUGUGGCGUGCAGGGUGUGUCAUACAACCACAGACUGCAAGUUCAAAUCCUGUUUGUGAGAGGCAGACAGUCUUCGCUGGAAAAACGAUCAUCGUGAUAAUAAUUAGUCAUUCCAAAUUGGAAGUAAAAAAUCAUAGAUUCUAAAUUUUAAAAAAAAUCCAUAGACGUUCUUUGUCAAUAGUUGCGAGUGUGUGCUAUAGGAUUUGUUGGCUGUGUUGCGUUACAGGAAGGGCAGCAGUGUGGAGUAGUGGUCAGGGCUCUGGACUCUUGACCGGAGGGUCGUGGGUUCAAUCCCAGGUGGGGGGGACGCUGCUGCUGUACCCUUGAGCAAGGUACUUUACCUAGAUUGCUUCAGUAAAAACCCAACUGUAUAAAUGGGGAAUUGUAUGUAAAAAUAAUGUGAUAUCUUGUAACAAUUGUAAGUCGCCCUGGAUAAGGGCGUCUGCUAAGAAAUAAAUAUUAAUAAUAAUGAUAAUGAUGAUAAUACAGUAAGGGUUUUUUGUGGUUGCAUGUACUGUACGUGUCUGGUUAUGGCUUCCAGAUGUUAUAUGAAUAAAAAAUCUAUCUUUA